AGAAGAUAUAGGAAGAACCUUAUAUAAAAUGAUCAUACGUAUUUGCCUUGUUUGGAGACCUUAGCUACAUUUUUCAUUCAAUUGAUUGAAUGGCAACAAUGGAUACCGCACACUUAAAUCAGGAUUUGAAACCAACCUGUGCUGCAUCAUGCAACUGCAAAGGAAAUCGCGAUGUAAUGGAAGCCAGCACACAAACCGACACCAAAGUACAAGGUGAGACUCCUGCGCUGUCAUCCAGUGGCGUGUUGACAGCUUGACAGAGAAUGCUGCGAAUGUUUUUACUGUUCGAUACAAUAUUUCUACUCACUGAACUCUGAACGUUGAGGCAUAUUGAAAAUAAAGACGUCAUUUUGUCACCGUCUACGCUUUUAUUAGUUUGAACCCACACGUCUGUAGCCUCCCUAGUGACUGGCUGGAAAUGUCUAAAUGGGAUCCUUGGGGCGUCCCAACUUUGUCUGACGUCACCCCAUUGAAGUUUAGGGUAGGUGCGUCCAACUCUGUCUGACGUCACCCCAUUGAAGUUGAAAUGUAAAACGGUAGGGGUUUAGGGUAGGGACGUCCCAAGGAUAACGUGACUGGUUCUGCAAAGAGGUCUUGACCUUUAUGGCACUGGACAGGUCAGCUGGGCUUGCUCUGUAAUAGCAGGGUUGCUGGAUCAAGCCCCAGUUUGGUUGUUCUCCCCUAUGAAUGCCAGAACAACAUACAUGUUUUGAAGAGAAAUGUACUGGCCAACAAUUUCACAUUCUAUGUCAGUGCUCCAGGGUUGCAGUGGGAAGAGGAAGUGAAUGUCUGCCCAAUGUUUGCUUCUCCUAAAGAAUAUCUUUAUUGAGCUCAAACUGUUAUCACUUGGGAGCAGCAAAGAUCUAGUGGAGAAAACACUCACUUGCCUUCCCUGUUUGUAAUCCUGUCUUUCUAUGGUGUGUUUUUAGGUAAUGGACCUAGGCUGGCCAAGGUUAACCUCUUCACCCUGCUGAGUUUAUGGAUGGAACUGUUCCCCAAGGAGGAACCAGAAGACAUAAACUAUAAUUACUUUGUAAGUUUGACCUACAGUGCAUUCGGAAAGUAUUCAGACCCCUUCCCUUUUUCCACAUUUUGUUAUGUUACAGCCUUAUUCUAAAAUGGAUUACAUUAUUUUUCCCCCUCAUCAAAAUACACAGAAUACCCCAUAAUGACAAAACGAAAACAGGUUUUAAGACAUUUUUGAACAUGUAUUAAAAAUAAAAAACAGAAAUACCUUAUUUACAUAAGUAUUCAGACCCUUUGCUAUGAGACUCGAAAUUGAGCUCAGGUGCAUCCUGUUUCCAUUGAUCAUCCUUGAGAUGUUUCUACAACUUGAUUGGAAUCCACCUGUGGUAAGUUCAAUUGAUUGGACAUGAUUUGGAAAGGCACACACCUGUCUAUAUAAGGUCCCACAGUUGACAGUGCAUGUCAAAGCAGAAACCAAGCCAUGAGGUCGAAGGAAAUGUCCAUAGAGCUCCGAGACAGAAUUGUGUCGAGGCACAGAUCUGGGGAAGGGUACCAAAACAUUUCUGCAGCAUUGAGGUCCCCAAGAACACAGUUGCCUCCAUCAUUCUUAAAUGGAAGAAGUUUGGAAUCACCAAGACUCUUCCUAGAGCUGGCCGCCCGGCCAAACUGAGUAAUCGGGGGAGAAGAGCCUUGGUCAGGGAAGUGACCAAGAACCCAAUGGUCUCUCUAACAGAGCUCCAGAGUUCCUCUGUGGAGAUGGGAGAACCUUCCAGAAGAACAACCAUCUCUACAGCACUCCUCCAAUCAGGCCUUUAUGGUAGAGUGGCCAGACGGAAGCCACUCCUCAGUAAAAGGCACAUGACAGGCCACUUGGAGUUUGCCAAAAGGCACCUAAAGAACUCUCAGACCAUGAGAAACAAGAUUUCUGGUCUGAUGAAACCAUGAUUGAAUUCUUUGGCCUGAAUGCCAAGCGUCACGUCUGGAGAAAACCUGGCACCAUCCUUACGGUGAAGCAUGGUGGUGGCAGCAUCAUGCUGUGGGGAGGGACUGGGAGACUAGUCAGGAUCGAGGGAUGAACGGAGCAAAGUACAGAGAGAUCUUUGAUGAAAACCUGCUCCAGAGUGCUCAGGACUGCAGACUGGGGCGAAGGUUCACCUUCCAACAGGACAACGACCCUAAGCCACACAGCCAAGACAACGCAGGAGUGGCUUUGGGACAAGUCUCUGAUUGUCCUUGAGUGGCCCAGCCAGAGCCCGGACUUGAACCCGAUCGAACAUCUCUGGAGAGACCUGAAAAUAGCUGUGCAGCGACGCUCCCAUCUAACCUGACAGAGCUUGAGAGGAUCUGCAGAGAAGAAUGGGAGAAACUCCUCAAAUACAGGUGUGCCAAGCUUGUAGCGUCAUACCCAAGAAGACUCAAGGCUGUAAUCACUGCCAAAGGUGCUUCAACAAAGUAAUGAGUAAAGGGUGGGAAUACUUAUGUAAAUGUGAUAUAACACAUUUCACUGCACCUAUUCGGUGUAUGUGACAAUAAAACAUAUUUAUUUUGUAUUUUCUAUAGAUAACAUGCAAUAAAUUACCAUAUUGAGCAUCAUCGCUUUUUUCCCUUACCUCCUGUCUUUUUCUCUGUCAGACGCGGGGUACAGGCCUGGUGGUGGUUCGGGACCAGAGGGUGGUGGGUCUUCACUGCUCCGGUCCAGAGCUCCACGUGGGGCAGGUAGCUGUGAUCAGACACGGGCCCAGGCUGGCUGCCUCAGACCUCUACUUCUCAAGGAGACCCUGCGCUACCUGCCUCAAGAUGCUUAUCAAUGGUGAGGACACACACACACACACACACACACACACACACACACUCACACACACAACGAGAGUUCACUUGUAAAGUCUUGUCUGUCAUCUCCAGCUGGGGUGAGCCGCAUCUCCUUCUGGCCUGGUGACCCUGAGAUGAGUCUGCUGGCGGUAGGGCCUAACGGGACGGACUCCAUUUCCCAGGAGGCCGUGCUGGACGCCAUUGCAUCCAAGAAGCUCAAGUCCAACAGCCGGCCCCACAUCAGUGUGCUGGUGCAGCCCGUGGCCCCCGGCCUGCAGCAGUUUGUGGAGGAGACCUCCAGGGGGUGUGACUUCAUGGAGAGGGUGUCGGGGGACGACCCUGGCCUGGACGCUGGGGACUUCUUCUGGAAGCAGAGGAGACGGAACCUGGACACUUUCUCCAAAGAGUUCCUAAUCCCACACGAACAGCUCCACCGUGACAUUCUCACCAAAAUAGGUCCGUAGUACAUCCAUUCAACCAUACUUGUUAACUAGUUUGUGUUCACUGGCUAGCUGUAUUUGGGCUAUAUUGGCUAACUCAAUAUGGGUAAGUUUGAGGAUAGAAAUCCUUUGCUCAAGAGGCCGCGUGCCACGCCAUCUGUUGAGUAGAUCCUGUUGAAUGAAUGGUAAACAUAGUGUUUAUAAAUGAUGAUUUGACACUGUCUUGCUACAGGUCUGGAGAACUUCUGCAUGGAGCCGUACUUCUCCAACCUGCGUCAGAACAUGAGGGAGCUGGUCGGGGUUCUUGCCUCAGUAGCUGCUAGUGUGCCUCUUCUCCAGUACGGCUUCUACAGGAAGGACUCCCAGCCUGCAACCUCGGAGCCGCCCCAGCCUCAGGGGGUGUCCCAGGAGAUUGCCAGACACUGCAUCAUACAGGCCAGACUGUUGGCCUACAGAACAGGUCCCUGAAAUAUCUGGAUAGUAGUCUAUAUACUAGCCAGAUUAGUCAUUCAAACUAGGAAGUCAUUUUGUAAAUGUGACAUGUCACCACAUUUUGUGGGGAAUCGCAUAAUGGAGUUCCAAGCAAUACAAAUAAAAAACACAAGAGAGCGAAGAGACUAUUGUUAUGAUAUAACUGGUAAACUCCAAUGGUUGACUGCACCUUUGUUGGAGAGUCAACCUGGAGGGGUAUCAAAUGUCAGAUGAACAGAAGGUAUCCCACAAUGCAUUCUAGUCUCGUUAGUGGUUAGCGACAGCUGCUAUGAAAUGGAGUUCUCUGAUUGGUUGGUCAGCCACUCACUCAAGAAAUCAAAAAUAUUUUUGAAACGGUUAAUUAUAUGUUCAUGUUUUAAGGCGAACUGGACAAGCUGUAAUCCGUAGUGGUUCAAUCUGUCUGAAGGUUUAAAAUGAUGGAACAUUCCUUUGAAAUUGGCCAUUUGGCAACGUGUCUGAAUGUGUUACUUGCUUGCUAUUCCAGAGGACCCUAAGGUUGGAGUUGGUGCUGUCAUUUGGGCAGAAGGGAAAUCUGUGAGUAAACCAUUAUUGUAUUUUCUAUGCUCAUAACUGUACAUUAAUAUUAUGUAUUUUGCCUCUGUAAUAUAAUGACAAAAAUAAAGUGGAAAGGAGAUUCCAAAACCUGGCUGGUAACAAAGAUUUCAAUAUGAAAAUGGGAUAAUAUCAAACUGGCAUUCACUGCGUUCUGUGCUCACCUGUUUUAGGGUGGUUGUGAUGGCACAGGGCGGCUCUACCUGGUGGGUUGUGGGUACAACGCCUACCCAGUGGGCUCGGAGUACGGAGAGUACCCCCAGAUGGACAACAAACAGCAGGACCGCCAGAGGAGGAAGUACCGCUACAUCAUCCACGCUGAGCAGAACGCACUCACCUUCAGGUCAGGAGGAGGGGGAGACAAAAGACAUGGGCUGCAUCUCAAUAGUCCUAAGUGACUUCCUCCCCUUAUAUCCCCCCUUCAUCUCCACUGAUCUGAGAGGACAGGAUACAGAUGUUGGAUCUUAAUUGCAGGAAAUGGGAAUUAUGUGGAUUAUAAUUAAUGGACAUUUUUGUAGGGGUUGAUACAUUUUUCGUAAAGGGACUGAAAUUUCAAAGUAGAAUUGGCAAACUUCCGAAGCCUUUUUAAACCUCAAAUACACUACAAGUUUUACAUUUCCUGCAUUGAAGGAAAGUUUUCUUGCAACAGGGUGAUCAAAUUAAGAUCCUACAUCUGUAGGUGAAGGAAAUACAGGGAAGGUGUACAUGGGUAUAUUUGCUCUCAACCUGUCCUUACAGGUCAAUGCAGAUGGCAGAGAGGAUGCAAGGAGGUACAGCUGAGGAGUCGGACCAGGGGGCAGGAAUUAAUGGCUGGGUUUAAGGAUUAUGACAUAAAUAAAUGUGAUUGUCGUUUCCAGGAGUGCCGAGAUCCGCGAGGAGGAGAACACCAUGCUGUUUGUGACUAAGUGUCCGUGUGAUGAGUGUGUCCCUCUGAUCCGAGGAGCUGGGAUCAAGCAGAUCUACACCACUGACCUGGACAGCGGCAAAGACAAGGGAGACAUCUCCUACCUCAGAUUUGACGGCCUCCAAGGAGUCCUGAAGUUCAUUGUGAGUACCUACAUUGAUUGACGGAUGAAUCGUUUUCUAUGGGUGUAGCAGCAUCUCAAUAGUAUUUUCCGCUCCUCAUCUUUCCUUCAUCUGUACUGAUGAGAAAAAACUGGAUGGAUUCCUCUUAGGUGUCUGCCAUUCAGCUUUUACAUAUCGUUGUGUUUUCCUCUUUAGGCUAUUGAGGUAUACUCAUAAUAGUCCUUUCUACAGAUGUAAUAUUCUUACAAAAUGUGUUUACAACAUGUUUUCGUCACAGUGGCAGAAGUCCUCUCUGGCCAGGAGAGCCUCUGAACAUGCUGGUCUUCAUCUAACCAGUGAGUUGUCGUUCUCUGUACCAUUAGUUAGCAUGACAUUUGUCACUUUGUAGAGAGUGACGUAAUGUCUUCUUCUUCUCUAAUGUAUUGGCGGUCGCACAAAUCUAAUGUGCAUGCUGCCACCUACUUACCACAAUACUGAUGACGGAUCAGCUCGCUAACCGUCUCUGAUUUGACUCUGAUGUAAUGUCACACGGUUUACCAUGUCUUGUUGUGAUUACAGAUGGAUGUGUGGGGAAGCAUGGGAGACAGGCUGAACAGGACUUUCAAUGCAAUAAGAGGUUACGGUCGGCAACACCUCCAGACCUUUCUCUUGUUUGUUGAACAAUGGUAAGGUAGCUUUCAGUCUGGUUUCACCAGGCUAA